GUUCGAUCAGAGUGCAUUAACACCGCGUUUUAUACAAAUAUUAUUUUUUCCCCCGCUAAACAUUCAGUGACUGCCUAUACAACCAAAUUAUUAUCGUUUUUCACCAAAAAAGUACAUUGAAUACAUAUACUCAAGACGAUGAGUGAUGAUGGCCGUGCAGACAAUGGGGCAGAGAAGAAUUCAAUAAGGAUGCGCGAACACCAUAAUUUUGCGGAACGCAAAAGACGUGAUAUGAUCAAAGACAGCUUUACAGAUCUUAAAGAUACUGUUCCAACACUACGAGAUGAAACACCUGUUAGCCGUGCCAAGAUAUUAAGAAAAGCAGCUGAAUACAUACAACAUAUGAAAAAAAGAAAUGAAAGCCACCAACAAGACAUUGAUAAUCUCAAUCGGCAGAAUGAUAUGUUGGAAUAUCAGAUCAACCAGUCAAAGAGAGUUAAAAAUGUUAGCAAAUAUACUGUGCAGCAUAGUAAUUUAGCUGUAUUCGUAUCAGAAUCAGACAAUACUGAUAAAUCAGAAGAAGAUCUUCAAAAAACUAAAACAGAA